AAUAGUUAACCAAUUCAAUAAGAAAGAAAAGUAAUGUACAAUACAACAUGUAUAAGAAUGUUUAUUUCAUUACUUAUUUUCAAUACAAUCCAUUGUUAUCUAAUUUAUAAUCCAAAUGAUAUUAUAUCUGAUUGGAAUAUAAUCAAUCAUGAUCAAAAUGAAUUAUAUAGUAUGAAAUUACCAAUCCAUUAUACAGAGAAUCCAUUACAAUCUACAUUACCAUUAUUAACAUCAUAUUGGAAUUAUUAUUUUACAGAUAAUGAACCAAGAAGAUAUGGACAUUAUUCACAACGUUUAGGAAAAUAAUACGAUUACUAAAUAUAUAUAUAUAUAUAGGUGAACAAUUAGUUAUCAUCAUUAUAAUUAUAGUUUAUGUAUUAUUACAAAUGAUGUAUGAUUAUGUAACUUUUCAAUGAAAU